AUGAAUGAUGAACUCAAAUUAGAUGUGAUGCUCGAGUUUGAGGAAAACCCGCAUACAUCGAAUAGACAGGCAUCCACUACAUUCAAUUGCAGCUAUAAGCAAACAUUGAAUGGAGUUCCAUGGACCAGAGGAAAGUAUCAGUGUGUUUGUAGAGCUGGGUUUUUUUCACCAUAUCACAAUGGCAUUUUCAAUGGAACAUUGGUGGAAGAAGCGUGGUCUGAACUCGUGGAAAAUAGAAGUACCUCGUGGAAAACCGUUUUUCAAUGCAGGAAAUGUGCACCUGGGUGUCAUUUCUGUACUGAUCUAUCGCCGUGUUUGGCUACAUAUCAUUGGCCCUUUAGGAUUGCCUUACUGACGUUUUCAAUUAUAUGUGUUGUUUGGACUAUAGCUCUGAAUGUAUAUAUGUUUAAACACAGAAAACUGAAAGUUUUUAAGGUAGCAAGCCCGAUAUUUCUCAGUAUUACUCUUUUUGGCUGUGCAACAAUGUAUUUAGAGAUGGCUGCUAUCUUUCCUAUUCUGGAUCAAUAUUCAUGUAUAGCUACAAAAUGGUCCAGACAUUUGGGAUUUUGUGUUACUUAUACAGCAUUAUUAAUGAAAACAUGGAGAGUGUCCUUAACUUAUAGAGUGAAAUCUGCUCACAAAGUGAAACUUACAGACAAGCAACUACUUCAAUGGAUGGUGCCUAUUCUUUUAGUGAUGCUGAUAUACUUGGGAACGUGGACUUUUUCGGAUACUCCGAACGCCGAGGAUAUUGUUGAUAAUGAGAACUUGAGAUUCAAACAGUGCGUCUACAAUUGGUGGGAUCAUAGUUUGGCGAUAG